AUGGCAGAGAUUCUUGUGAGUGCUAAGAAACCUGUCCACAAGUAUAUUCAUACUAUGAAUAACAGUCUGAACUAUGAUCUUCAAGUUGCCAUUACUGAAGCAUUAUGCAGAAUGACAUCAGAAAAACAAAGAAGAGAGCUGGCAAUCCAGUGGUUUCCAAUGGAUUUUGUCAGCAGUGCAUUUAAACAAAUUAAAGAUUCUGAAUUUGAAACAGACUGCAGGAAGUUCCUUAACCAAGUUAAUGGCAUGCUUGGAGACAAAAGAAGGGUAUUUACUUAUCCUUGUUUAUCAGCUGCCCUGGAUAAACAUGAGCUACAGAUGCCAGCAGAUGAAAACCUUGAAGAAUGUUGGAUUGACUUUAAUGUUGGUAGUAAAAGUAUAUCCUUCUAUGUUGCUGCAGAUGAUGAAGGUCAACAGUGGGAAACUGUGUGCAUACCAGAAGAAGAUGUUAGGACCUACUUAAUUGAAGAAAAAGAAAAAGAGAAAAUGUUAAUGGUACAUCUAAACAACUCAAUGUCUGUUGGUGCCCAGGAAGGUGAGAAAAUAACCUUACAUUUCGAUUCUGCAUUGGAAAUUAUGGAUGCAAUAAGAAAAGUUUAUGAUGCUACAAAAUGUCAGGGGUUUACAAGGAAGAAUACUGGGUCAGUUGCAAAAACAACGGUGCAUGUAGUUUUUGAUGAAAGUGGAUCACAGACCACCCCUGGUAAAAGGAAAAUGUCUGAGGCAUCAAUGAUUUUGUCAUCCACUUCCAGGUUUUCUGUGCAGAGUCCAUUUUCCUUAAUUAAUACUUCAACUCCACGAAAAGGGAAGAUUAAAACCCCUCUUCAGAUGACGAGCUUAGUGGAAAGAAAUGAUGUUUUCUCAGUACCUGAGACAAGAGCAAUGAAGGCUGUCCGGGAAGCUAAUUGUGCACCUCUACUUUCUGCAACCAAGGCUCUUAACAGGAAUAAUUCCAUUGAGAAGGAAGUUCCAGCUGAGAAAAUGAAAAAUAUGAUCCACAGUGAGGAAGAUGUAGAUAUUAAUGGAAAGCAAAAAUUAGAUGAAUUAAGUGAUAUUGUUCCUGAUUCCCAACCACCAAUAUGCAAAAGUGACAAAUCAUUAUUGCCUGGCCUUUCAGAUAAUUAUAUUGCUGAAAUUAAAACGCAGAAAAAAACAAAGUGCUGGAUACCUGAAACAAUAAUAACUCAAUGUCAAAAGAUUACUGCAUCAGAAACUGCUAACCUAAGUGACAGAGCUGCUAAGCAAAAAGCUUUCGCUUCAAUAUUUGAAAUGACUUCUUCUGAGCUAAGACAUAAACAGUGUUUCAGUGGUGAACUCGUAGAGGAUCAACACAGCAAAACCAAUAAAAUACCAGACUCACAAACCAAUUUUAAGCAUUUGGAUGAGAAAAGACCAAAAAGUAAAAGCAGAAAAAGUGUUUCCAAUACAUCUGAAAUAUCACUUCCUGCUACCAAAAAGAAUAAUAGUUCUCUAAUAAAUCCAAGGCAUUCCAAAUCAAUCUCUGAAAUGAAUGAUCAUGAUACUAGAUUGAAUGUAUCACCUCCUGAAACUGCUAAUAAAAAAACUGAUCCAAUAAAUUAUGAAAAGAAAGCAAAAUCAAAAGAUGUGAUUGAAGCAGCAGAAAUGUUAAUAAGUAAAAUCAGCAAAAGAUAUAAAGAGAAGAAUGGUGUAAAAAAUACAGGAAAACCGUGGCAGUCAUUUUCGGAUAGCAGGACAUCUUUAAAUAAAAUUGAUAGCGAUAAUAAGAAAAAAAGACAGAAUAGAAGAACUGGAAAUUUCAAAACUACAGUACAUAACAAUACUAAUGAACAACAUGUGGAUGAUGUCUAUGACUUUAAUCUAAGUGGAUUUGAUGAACCUACAAUAAAGCUUGGAGUCCAGGAAUUACAUCUUACUAGUUUAGAAGCUACUCGUGAACUCCCAAAGAAAAUGACUCAGAAAAAUGAAGCAAAAAGUAUAACCCAAAAGAAGCAGGAAGGGAAGGGCAAGACAAAUAGAAAUUACAAGCAUCUUUUCAGUGACACAGACACCGAAUAUAGAGGUGAUGAUACGAAGACAGAUAUUAGCUGGUUAAGGGAAUCAAAUAGAAAGCCAAAACCUCAGCUUAUAAACUACACCAGAGCCAGAAAACCAAGGAAGUCCAAAACUCUGGAACCAGAUAAUUUCUCUGUAUCACCAGGGAUGAGGGAAAUAUCUCCACCCCCAAAAAGCAGAAGUAAUAAGAAUGAUAACGAUGAUGGGGAAAGAAUACUACCAACUAGAUCAAAAAAUCUCAGAAAAGCAGCACGAGACAAAAAAUAUUACAAAGAACUCUCAAGUUCAGAGAUAGAGAGUGAAGAGGAAAUUUCUGAAUAUUUGAAUAAGAAGAACACUUCAAAUGAAUAUCCAGAACAUAAAAUUACAGCAAAAUCUAGAGCUGUUAAUCAAUCCGAGAUACAACAACAUACACUUGCCAGUGAGACAGUCAAAGGAAAAUUGAUAAAUCAGCCAAAAAGACCUACUAAAGAAAAAGAUGACAUGAUAAAAAAACAAAUGGAAUUACCAUCAUCUCCUUCAUCUGGGAGUCCACCUUUCUCUGAGAUAAUGAGAUGUUAUGAGAAACAUAGAGAAGAAUCUACUGAAGAGCACAUAUCAAUGAGAAGGUCAUCCUUAUCGUCCUAUCUUGAAGAAUUAACACCUGACAAGGAGAAAUCCUUAGAAAAUAUUAAAGAAAAUUCUACUAUGGGAAAAAUUAAUUCAGAAAAUGAACUAUUGAAGGAUCUUUCUGAAAAGGGAAGAAAACUGGUAUUUGAAACUGAAGAUCUCUCACCUGUGAUAAGUCCACUUUCUUUGUCCAACCUUAGCCCCUUCAAUAGAAAAAAACCAUUUAUCAAUUAUAAAAAUUCAGAAAUUCCCAAGGAUAAAAUCUGUGAAGCUGAUGAAGCAGUGAGCAUUACAAUGGGCUAUUUAGAUAAAUCAUUUCAUACAGAAAUAGAAGAUACAUCUGAAAAUAUCAUGAAUAGUAGAGGAGAGGCUUCUUUACCUCCAUCUCAGUUAACCACGCCUUGCAGAAGCAGAGAAGGAUUACAGCAUGAAGAAUGUCUUAUUGAUGUACACGAAUCUGGACCUACAAUACAUCCUAAUUUCAAACGACUGUAUCAGGAAGAUACAGAAAAUUACUCUGAUGAUGAAGAAGAAAUCAGGAGAGAGGAAAGGAAAAUAAAGCUUCUCCCUAGAAAGUUAUUCAAAGCAGAUGAUAGCACUUAUAAAGUAUCUGAAAGCUUAUCUACUUUUUCUGUCAAUGAGACGUCUCUUUUUGAUGGGGAAGGCUGGGAUACAGACUGUUCAAAUGUAGAGAUGAUUUGUCAGAAGCUUCAUAAGGAAUUUGCUAGGAAAAUACAGAACCGAUCAAAGAAAAUUGAUUGUUUUGCAAAGCAGUCACUGCAAACAGCUAACCAGCAUAUGUACACAAUGGGAAGAGAUGUACACAAGCACAGAACCAGACAGCUGGAAAAACUUCAUUCUUGCCUCCUGAAAGAGCUUGAAAGUUUUGAAAGAGAUUCACAAAUAUUGAGAACUAUGGAAAAAGAUUUUUCGAAUUUUUCAAAGAAGCAUUUUGAAACAUUUAGCACUUACAACAAGAAUGAGCAGCAGAGAUUCCAGAAUCUUAGAACUUCAUUUGAGAAGAACGUUUUCCAUACUGCUGAUCAAGAGGAAAAUAUUUUUCUGUCUCAAGUACAUUUAUUGAAAGAAGAUAUUAAGGGGAUUCAAGAUAAAUUUCUUAAGGAAAUGCAUGAAGAAGAAUUGCUUAAUGUUCGCAAAGGUUUGCAAUCCCUCUUUAUGGCAGAAGGUAGAAAAUUGUAA